CACCGUUAGUGAUACAUUCUUAGAUAAGAAUUUAUUUUGAAAAAAUUGAGCAGAAGUAGGCACUUUCCGUGUGUGUCGCCGACUGACUGCUGCCUGGAGCUCAGUGUGGAGAGAAGAGCGGACACGCUGAUAACGACGCAGCGUCAGUUUAAACGCAUGGUCCCCUGACAGAGAUGGCCGGGACAGCCUUUGGCCCACGUGGUUCAAGUAUCUGAGGCUGAACUGUGGGAAUGCUAUGUGAAAUGCAAAAUAUCCCCUCUGCCUGUGGGUUGUCUGUGUGAAUGCAGGAAUGAGUGUGUUGUGCCAGCCCGGAGGAGCCCAAGGCCCUGAUGAAGAUAGGUCUGAGCAUGGUUUUCAUUGGCCAUGUUAACUUCCUGUUGGGAGCGCUGGUGCACGGCGUGGUGCUCAGACACAUCGACCUCCACAUUCAGGCCGGGGCCAUUGAGUACGCCAUCUCCAACGUGGUCGCUCUCACCUCCGGCCUUGUAGGAAUUGUUGUUGGCGUUCUGACUAUUGUCCUGUCUAAAAACAAGAAGAGUAGAGGCACGAUGUGGUCCCUUUUCACAGUCGGUCUGGCUGCAACUCUCAUGGCAGCAGCUUCAGCCAUCGGGCUCACCGUGUCUGCGGUGAGGGCCAUCAUUCAUGGCGGGCGGAGCCUCCUGACUCACUGCCGCUUCCCCGAUGCCAUUGGCUACGCCAGCAUCACCGAGUGUCCUUUUGACCCCACGCGUAUCUACAGUACCACUCUGAUCCUUUGGGUGCCUCUGAUCGUGACUUGUGUCAUCCAGAUGGUGUUUUCUGCCCGGUGCUUUGCUGUCUGCGUUUCAUUCCUGGGUUUGCCUUGCUGCCCUAACAGGAAGAGGACCAGAGACUAUGGCAGAGCGCUCAAUGUGGUGAGGCCGAUGGAGGAAGGUGUGCCCUCUCAGUAUACUGAACCUCCAAGACGGAAUACUGAACCUCCAACACACUACACUGAACCUCCAACACACUAUACUGAACCUCCAACACACUAUACUGAACCUCCAAGAAUCUUCCGCGAACCUCCAAGACGGAACACUGAACCUCCAAGACAGCAGCGGGGACCUCCUCCCCCUCCACAGCAUCUUCCCCGUCAGCAUCGGAGUCUUCCUCCCUCGCAGAGGCAGCCUUGUCGCCAGCCGCACAGAGAAAGGUCAGACAGGGAAAGGCAGGAAACGAGGGUUGGCAGCCAGCAAAGGGCACCGGAGCAACAUCAACUGCUGGAGAGGGGUACGCUGGAAAGGUCCAGCUUCUGGAUUUAGCCAUGUUUGACACGUCAGAGCUUCUUGAAGUGCUGUGAGGGUAUAUACUGUAGUUCUAGCUACAAUACUAGGAUUCAAACAUCCGUUUCCUGUCAGUACUAUUACUAACUACUAACUAUGACCUCAGAGCUGGAGAUGUUUUAUCUAGCAGUGGAGCUGAGCUCACACCCGAUGUAUGAAUUUUCUCAGACUAUUUGCACAGUGUGCAGGAUCCCGGUUAUGUGAGUGUGUCUGUUCUUGUAUUUUUGUACUUGGGAGGAUUUGCCUCAUCUGUCUAUCUAUAGUUCGACAUUUUGGGAAAUGCACUUAGUCGCUUUCUUGCCGAGAGUUAGAUGAGAAGAACGAUACCACUUAAAUUUUAUUAAGUGGUUAAGUACGGAGCUGUAUUUAGGAGGUGGUUAGCUUAACUUAGCAUAAAGACUUGAAGCAGGCUAGCUAACUCUCUCCAGUGAUUAAAACACCUAGCAACAACUCUAAAACUCAUUAAUUAACAUAUCUUGUUUAUUUAAUCCACAACUUAAACUUAAAACCACUUGUAUGUUUUGUUUUUUUGUGGUUGGUGUAUCUUGAACUUGGCUAGGCUAGCUGUUUUCCAGUCUUUAUGUUAGGCUAAGCUAAUCAUCUCCUGGCUCUAGCUUCAUAUGCAGUGUACAGACAUGAGAGUGGUAUCACUAACUCAUGGCAAGAUAAUGAAUAAGUGUAUUUACCAUAAUGUUGAAUAAUGUUUGGUUUUGGUUGGUACACACAUAAUGGAGGCAGGUACCAUAGAGAUAAGUGAAGCAAUAUAGUGUACAGAGUGCGUGUGUGCGUGUGUGUGUGUGUGUGGGUGUGCCUUCAGUCUUCUACCUGUUUUUGCAGGGGAGUGAACCUCUGGUGUGUCUUGCCUGUUUAAAUUACUGACAAUCAAGUGUGUGUGCAUUUUUUGUGCAGUUAAGUAAGUAAAUAAAUAAAGUGUUUAUUCAUAA